GAUGUCAAAUGUUAUAACCGUUUCGUAUUUUUUCUUCUAAUUUCAGGCACACGUGGUUGCCGCCUUCGAGCAAAGCCUCUCGAACAUGACUCAUCGUUUGCAGGCGCUGACGGCAACAACAGAGAAAAAGGACAGCGAAAUACUCGAAAUGCGACAGACGAUCGAACUGCUGCGGAAACAGUCCAUUCAAGCCGGUCUCACCACAGCCCACAUGCAGAGCAUGGGCGUCCAGGUUAACGGGCAGGUCAAUGGAAAUGGGAAUGCUGAACCAGCUGCAGCUCAGACGAUGCCAACGGGAGCAGAAAUACAGCGUCAUCACAGUUCAGAUUCGAUGUGCUCGUUGAAUUCCAUCAGUUCCGGUUGUUCUGCUCAAGACAAGAAGAAAAAGAAGGGAUGGCUCCGAAGUUCAUUUACCAAAGCGUUCUCACGCAAUGCCAAAAUCUCCAAAACGAACCGACACGUCAGCAGCCAGUCGUCGAAUUUGGACCAAAAUCAUCACAGCAGCAACCAUCACCACCAUCAUCACCAUCAUCAUCACCACAGCAACGGGAACAAUAAUACCGGAAACGGCACAAACGGGAACAAUAAUGCGCUGCCUUCUUCGAAUGGUAGCGGCGGUAAAAUUGUCGAGCAAACGCAAUCAACGCACAACGCACAACAAAUGCCACAACUGGUGUCAUCGCCUACUAAGAGCGGAAGCCCGCUCAAGUCGGUCACGCUGGUUGAAAAUGCCAAACCAAUAGACGCCAUAGAAGUGAACGGCAAUCCCAUGGUGGAGGACCUCAAGAAGCAGCUUCGUGAAAAGGACCUCGUUCUGACGGAUAUCAGAUUGGAAGCACUAAAUUCCGCCUCCCAACUGGAAUGUCUCAAAGAUACGGUGAUGAAAAUGCGCCAGGAAAUGAUGAAUCUUAAGCAGAACAAUGAACGCCUCCAAAGGCUAGUAACGACGAGGUCUUUAGCUGGAAGCGAAGUAUCCCUGGGUCCAGUCAGUCCUAGCGGAUCAAUGGGAGAACCUCGAAGGUACAGCUUGGCCGCAGAUAACGGCAUGUCUCGACCGCCACUGGAUCUCCCACAAAAUCUAGACGAAACCGAGGAAGACAAUAUUCCACCGGCUCCUGCUCCUGAGCCCCCACCAGCUCCCCUAAGUCCUGCCAUCAUAGCCGAGCUGUCCCCCACGAUCGAACGGGUAGCCAUGGUUGACGAAAUCCUCACAACUCCCGCAGAAGAUGUGGCCGAUCCGGUCGACGGCAAAAAGAUUGCUAUCGCCGUCUAUCUCGGCCAGCCAGAAUCCUUCGGAAAAUACGCCGAAGAUAUGAACGAAUGUGAUAACUACCAAACUGCCAACGGAGAAAAGUCAGAGACCGAGAACGGUAUCGACCGAAACGGGCGUAAAUCCAUCUCCGACCCACAGGAAGUCGGUCCAACCGGCCCCAAUGAAUCCAUCAUCGCCUACACGUACAUCUCCGGGAAAACCACCUGGCAAAACCUGGACUACAUCGUGCGCAAAACAUUCAAAGACUACCUGGGCAAAAUAGACCCCGGAACAAAUCUCGGACUAAACACCGAUUCCAUAACUUCGUAUCACCUAGGAGAAGCCAAACGUGGUCCGGAAAUGGGUUUCCCAGAGCUGCUACCCUGUGGUUACAUAAUCGGUCACGUGCGGACGCUCUACAUCUGCCUUCAAGGUGUCGGAAGUCUAGCCUUCGAAAGUCUUAUCCUGCGAAACAUUGUUCAUCGAUACAUCUCCCUGCUAACCGAGCAUCGAAGGCUAAUCCUCUGCGGUCCUAGCGGAACCGGUAAAUCCUACCUGGCGAGAAAGCUAGCCGAAUUCCUGGUCGCCCGAUCCGGUAGGGACAACCCAGCGGAAGCGAUUGCCACCUUCAAUGUGGAUCACAAGUCUUCGAAGGAGCUGCAACAGUACCUGGGGCACAUUGCCGAGCAGGCGUCGAUGGCCAGUGGUGUUGAGGGCCCAGCUGAAGAGCUGCCGGCGGUCAUCAUUUUGGACAAUCUGCACCACGCCUCCGCCCUCGGGGAUGUGUUUUCCUGUCUGUUGAGUGCAACGGCGGCCAAGCUGCCCUGCAUCAUCGGGACGAUGUCGCAGGCUACGUGUAACACUACCAACCUGCAGCUGCACCACAACUUCCGAUGGGUCCUAACGGCCAACCACAUGGAACCGGUCAAGGGCUUCCUCGGGCGAUACCUGCGGCGAAAACUGUUCACCAUGGAGCUUCAAUUCCAGCAGGCGCAACCCCAACUAGAGAAGGUCCUCCGAUGGCUCCCCACAGUUUGGCAACACAUCAACAGUUUCCUAGAGACGCACAACUCGAGCGAUGUCACAAUUGGACCUCGGUUAUUCCUCUCCUGCCCUAUGAACCUGCAGGACUCGCAAGUGUGGUUCACCGACGUUUGGAACUACCACCUGGCUCCGUAUCUGAUGGAAGCGGUUCGGGAAGGAGUCCAGCUUUAUGGUCGCCGAGGUGGCAGCUGGGUCGAUCCUUGUACGUUUGUGCGGGAAACCUACCCGUGGCCAGUGAGCCCCACGACGGUUCCCCAGCUGCGGCAAAUCACGGCCGAUGACGUCGGGCUGGAAGCGAGUGCCCCGGCCAAUUCUGAGAACCAGGAUCCACUGCUGAAUAUGCUGAUGCGCCUACAGGAGGCUGCAAAUUACAACGGAAAUCAGGAACCGGACUCCGAUUGUGCCAGUCUGGACUCGAACAUGACCCACGACAGCUCGGCGGGUGCUGAGUAAGGACUAGAAAAGUUAACAGCCUAAAAAAAAGCGGCAGGAGGCAGGAGUGCGAUCAAAAAAGUAUUAAAUCAUUGAUGAAAACAUCAUUAAAAUAUUCACACACAUUUUCCGAGUGAAUGACUCGAGACGGGGAAAACGAGCGAAUGUGAGUGGUUUUUUUUAAAUUUUAUCAAUUUCAAAUUUUCUCGGCGCUUAAAUCGCUUUGAUAGUAGUUGGUACAUCAGCUCACGAGGCCGAGUUGAGGGCAAUGAUUCGUGUUAAUCAACGAGCGAUUAAUCGAUGCCGAUGAAAUGGAACAAACAAUAUUGCUCGGAUCGGUCUUUUUUUUGUUGCUGUCCAUAAUUUUGCAAAAUGGGGCGGCUGCUUGUUGCACACAAUGAAAAUCAAUUUAAUUAAUUGUUUUGUUACGCAGUCGUAAAUUUGACCAAUCCCCAAUCCUUUCCUAUUUUUUUUUUUAAAUGGAAGGAACAUUAUGACGAUUGUGAGGAGGCCUCCCUCCCCCCAUUUGGAUGCGUUCUGUUGCGAAAUUAAUUGGACUUAAUGAAAAUAUUGUUUUUGAUCUAUUGAUAAUUUUUCAUAUAAUUUUUCAUCUUGAGCUCAAUGAACCGUGAUGGAUUUAUUGAUUCGUUUGAUUGGAAUUCGGGCAAAAAAAAUGGUGCAACACGAAUUGAAGAGUUGCCAAGCUUGGAGUCUUUUUUUAAACCAUGUAUCUUUUAUGUUAUUGUUAUGUUAUGUUGUUGAACCCACCAGUGGCUGAUAGGUCUUUCGACCCGAGGCGGUACGGGAAGUCUCGAUCACACAUUCAAAUAUUGUUCAUGCUUAACUCACAAACAAUAAUUGCAGCACAACCAAGGGGUCCGUUACCACUGGCUUGGGACAGGUUUGACUCAUCUUACUCACUUCAAACUGUUCGAAACAAAUAAAGAUACCUGGAAAGGUCCCUAAGAAACCUAUUCCAGAUUCCAAAUUUGCCGAGAUACUCCGGCUGGCUUGAACCCACAAUCCAUUGUAUAUCAGUUUUCCACUCGUUUGAUGCCCUGUCCAACCCCCCACUAGUCCCCAAUAAUAGAGUUAAGCUAUUUUAUUAUUUAAUAUAAUGAAAUUUAAAACGAUCAAUGUUCAAGUGGUACUUAGCUGAUUUUAUUCCUUUGUUGAUUCCUUUCGCCUUGAAGAAAUCCAAGCAAUCUACAGGAAAAAGCUUCGACGCUGGCACUCUUAUUUUUCUACUGUACCCGGAAAGAAUCUCCCUUGUCAGAAAGAUAAUAAACUUUAAAAAAAAUCACUAAAGUUUCUCCACCUUCAUCACUGAUUCAAAAUAACUUUCUUUGAAUUUUUAAUUCAAAUCGAUAAAAAAUCCUUCCGGAUCUAAAUAGACAUCUUCUUCACUCCACAAAUCGACAAAAAUGCACGGAUUGAUCUCGAAUUCUAUUACCGGUUUUCCCGAAAAUCUAUCUACACCAACAUCAAGAAUUUUCGUUAUGUUUAAGUAAAUUAAUCACUACAAUGACUAAAUUCGAAAAAAAAUCUUAAUAAUGGAAAACAGAAAUUUAAUUUAAAGACCACAGAGGAAAAACGUGGUCGCGGAAAAACCUUUUUUUAAACCAUGUAUCUUUUACAUAAAAAAUCAAUUUGCGUGAUUUUCUAAAUGUAUGAAAAAGAGUGGAUCACUUUGUGUACUUGGAUGUACCUUCUACCUCAAAAAGUCUUGGCGAGAAAAUUAAAAAGGUCAAUCUCUCAAAUCGAAUGAUUUCCUCAGCAAAAUCAAUAAAAUCGAAAAAAUGAAGAUACGGAAAAAAACAAGAAAAUCAAGCAAAUCAAAGACAAAAAAAAAUGACAGAGACAGAAAAUCAAAAAGAAACAAAUUUCAAGAAAAUACAAACUAUGAAAAAAAAUCAAGAAAAUCAAGAAACUUAACAAAAAACUCGAAAUCGAGAAAUUAAAGUAGAUCAAGAAAUUUAAAAAAUCAAGAAUAUCAUGAAAAUCAAAAAAUCCAAAGAAAUAAAGGUAAAAAAUUGAUACCUUAAAAUAAAAAACAUCUAGAAAAUCAAUAAAAUAAGCACGAUCAAACGAUUCACAAAGUUAUGAAUUCAAAACUAGUAAAAAAAAAUCAAGAAAAUAAUGAAAACAAAUAAAAUCAACACCAUCAAGUUAAUCAAGUAAUCAAGAAAAUCAAGAAUAUUACUAAAAUAAUAAUAAUCAAGAAAACGAAGCAAAUCAAGCAAAUUGAAAGAAUCAAGAGAAUCAAGAAAACUAAGAAAAAUAAUAAAAAAAGAAAAACAUGGAAAUCAGGAAAAUCAUAAACAUGAAGAAUAGAAAAAAUCGAAAAUAUCAACAAAAUUAGAAAUAAACAAAAAUUUGAGGAAAAUUAAAAAAAAAAUAAGAAAAUCGGAAAAAUCAAAAAAAUCUGAAAAUUAAAAAAAUCAAGAAAAUCAAGAAAUUAAAAAUAAAAAUAAUUAAAAAUCAAGAAAAUCAAGAAAAUAAAAGUUUCAAAAAUAUCCGAAAAAUCGAGAAAAUUGAAAAAAUCGCGAAAAUUAACAAAAUCAAGUUUAUCAAGAAAAAAAAAUCAAGAAUAUCACGAAAAAGAGAAUUCGAAUAAAAUUAAGAAAAUCUGAAAAAGCAAGAGAAUCGACAAAAUAAUAAAAAAUCAAGAAAAAAGAAAAAUAUAAAAAAAAUUGAAAAACUUAAGGAAAUCAACAAAAAUGGAAAAAUUAAGAAAUCAAAGAAGCCAAGAAAAUUUAAAAAAUCAAAAUAUUAACAAAUUCAGAAAAAUCAAGAUUAAUAAGAAAAUCAAGAAAUCUAAUGCAUUCACAAAAUUCAGGAAAAUCAGGAAAAUCUAAAAAAUCGAGUAAAAUAAUCAAGAAAAUAAAGCAAAAUAAGGAAAAUUUAGAAAAUUAAGAAAAUCAAGAAAAUCGUCAAAAUCAAGUAAAUCAAGAAAUUCAUGAAAAUUUAUAAAAUUAAAAAUUUUAAGAAAAUCAGGAAUAACAUGCAAAACAAGAAACUAGAAACAGGAAAAAAUGAACAUAUAGGAAAUCAAGGAAAUUUAAGAUUCAAAAGUGUCCAAAAAAUGGAAAAAAAGUAAGAAAUUAAAUCAAGAAAAUCAAGAACACAAAGAAAAUCGAAAACAGCAAGAGAAUCAAAAACAUAAAAAAAAACUAAGAAAUGAAAAAUAAAAAAAAAAUUAAAAGAAAUAAGAAAAUCAAGAAAGUUGAAAAAUCAAAAUAUCAACAAAAUCAGAAAAAUCAAGAAAAUUAUGAAAAUCAAGAAAACUUAUAUAUUCAAAAAUAUUCGAAAAAACAAGGAAAUCUACAAAAUCAAGAAAAUCAAGAAAAAUGUUUCAGUCGAGAAAAUAAAAAAAAAACUAAGAAAAUCAUGGAAAUAAAGAAAAUAAAAAAAAUCAAGUAGAGUAAAUCAGACAAAAAAAAGAAAAUCAAAAAAUUCAAAAAAAUUGGAAAAUUAACAAUAUCAAGAUAAUUGAAAAAGCAAGAAAAUCAAUGAAAACAUUAAAAUCAAGAAAAUAAAAAAAUAUACGAAGAAAACCAAGAAAUUUGAAAAAAUCAAGAAAAUCAAGAAUAUUUAAAACAUGAAGAAAAUUAAAAAAAUAAGGAAAAUGAAAAAAUCAAACAUAUCAAUAAAAAUUAAAAAAAAAAAUCAAGAAAAUCAAGAAGAUCAGAAGAAUCAAGAAAAUCAACUAAUUCAAAAAAAAAAAAAAUACAAAUAAAACAUAUUAAAGAUUCCAAUUCCAAUUAAAGAUUCCAAAAUAAACGGAAAAUCAAAAGAAAAUUAAGAAAAUCAAGAAAAUCCACUUAAUCAACAAAUCGUGAAAACAAAGAAAAAAUCAAGAAUAUCACAAAAAUCAAGAAAAUCGAAAAAAAUAAAGAGAAUCGAAAAAAUACAAACAAUUAAAACAUAAGAAAUAUAAAAAAAUCACUAUUAAAAAAAAUCGAGAAAAUUCAAAUAGUCAAAAUAUUAAAAAAUUCAGGAUCAUCAAGAUUAUCAAUAAAAUCAUGUAUAUCAAGAAAAUUUAUACAUUUAAAAAUAUCCGAAAAAUUAAAAAAUCAUGAAAAUCAAGAUAAUAAAAAAACCAUGACAAUUUAGAAAAAUGAGGAAGUUUAAAAAAUUAAAAAAUUUAAAUCAAUCAGAAAAUUCAGAAAAAUUCAGAAAAAUUAAAAUGAAGAAGAUCAACAGAAUCCAGAAAAUCAAGAAAAUCUAGAAAAUCAAGAAUAUCAAGGAAUUUAAAUAAAUUAUGAAAAAUUUGAACAUCAAGAAAAUAAAAUAAAACCAAGAAAUUCCAUAAAAUAAGAAUGAUAAAAAAAAUUAAGAAAACAAAGGAAUUUAAGAAAAUAAAAAAUAUUAGUAAAAUCAAGAAUAUCAAGAAAAUCAAGAAAAUAAAGAAAAUCAAGAAAAUCAAGAAAAUCUAGAAAAUCAAGAAAAUCAAGAAAAUCAAGAAAAUCAAGAAAAUCAAGAAAAUCAAGAAAAUCAAGAAAAUCAAGAAAAUCAAGAAAAUCAAGAAAAUCAAGAAAAUCAAGAUAAUCAAGAAAAUCAAGAAAAUCAAGAAAAUCAAGAAAAUCAAGAAAAUCAAGAAAAUCAAGAAAAUCAAGAAAAUCGAGAAAAAUUAAGAAUAUCAAGAAAAUCAAGAAAAAAACAGAAUUAAGAAAGUCGAGUAAAUCGAGAAGAAAAGAAAAUGAAAAAAAAACAAGAAAGUCAAGAAAAUCAUAAGAAUCGAUAGAUUCAAGAAAUUCUGGAAAAUCCAGAAAAAACAAGAAAAUUAUUAAAUCAAUAAAUUCAAGACAAUUAAAAAAAAAAAUCAAGAAAAUAAAAAAAAUAUGGAAUAUCCAAUAAAUCAAGAACAUUCUGCAAAUCAUUCCAAAUGAUAAAAAUUUGUUAAAACUAGAAUUUAAAGAGAAUAAAAAGAGUCAAACUUAAUUUUCAAAAGAAACAAGAAUAAGAAUAAUAUCAGGAAUAUUCAGAAAUUUGAAAUGAUCAAAUGAAUCGAGGAAAUCAAGAUCAUCAAGAAAGUCGCAAAUUUUCAAUGCGGGAUGAACAAAAAACAAAAAAAAUAAGAAAUUCAAGACAAAAAGCAAAUCUUUUAAAUCAAAGGCAUACAAAAAUUAAAAAAAUCAAAAACUAUCGAAAAAUGAAUAAAAUAAAAAAAUUAAAAAGGAGAUAAAGAAAAUCAAGAAAUACAAACAGAAAUUCAACAAAAUUCCAAUAAACUAUGAAAAUCAAAAAAAAAAUCAAGAAAACAAAAAAAAAGAAAAUCAUUCCCACAGAGAAAAUUAAUGGAAUUGGAAAAAUUGGAAAAUCAGUAUGACCAUAUAAUUCAAAAUGAAGAAAAUUUCAAUAUAAUCUGAAAAACCGGAAACUACGGAAUAAAGAUAUUUUUUAAUUUUAAAAAUAUAAAGAAUACCAAAAAUUGAAGAAGAAUCAGAGGGUUGAGUGAAUCAAGAAUCAAAAAUAUGAAAAAAAAAACGAGAAAAAUUAAAAAUCAAAAGAUUCGCCAACAUCUUGAAAAUCAAUCAAAUUAAAAAAAUUUGUUGGAAUCAUUCAAAAAUAGACCAUAACAUUUUUCUUCCUCGUUAGAUUUUUUUUGGCUCUGUUUGUCUAGUUUCGUCGAGAUCUUUUAACCUUUUAAAGUACAUCCAAGUACCCUAAGAGAUCCCAGUGUCAUGAAUUUUGCCGGGCCUCCUUUGAUUAGAAUUAAAACUUUUAUUUUUUCCCUUACUUCUUGAGAAAUGACCUAAAAACAAUAAAAACCUUCAAAGGAAGGCAAAUACAAUGAAGUCAAAUAAUCUUUUUCAAGAAUUGAAGAAGAUACAAUAACAUCAUGAAAAGGACACAAGAUAUCGGGUUCAAGUUGUGGAAACUAGAAAACGAUAAGACAAAAACUCGAACUGAUCGUUAAUAAACUUGUGAAGGUUCUGUAUAGCGAAAAAUAUAUAUAUUUUCGAUGUAUAAAGUAGAAAAAAAUAAAAUUAACACUUGUUAGACUGUAAAUAUACACACUGAAAACACACAAACACACCAAUCGGAAUAAUAACAACAGAUAUGAGGAGAAGAGAAAGCAAACGGUCUCGAGGAAGAGUAACAAAAUAUACUAAUAUUUAGCUAGGUAUCAAAUAUCAAUCAAAGAAGGGAUUAAAAUACCCUUAAAGUUUUGCUUAAUGAAUUAAGAAAUAGGUAAAAAAAACAUUUAUCAACACCCAUCAACAACCUUGAUCUUAACUUGUGCUACGUAAUUUGUAGAUUGUCUUUUCGUUCCAAUUUGAGACUUUGUUCCGCGCAGUGUAAGUAAAAAAAAAGUAUUGCUUCCAAAGCUUAAAUGUUUGAACGCCACGUUUUGCUUACCUAAAACCUACUUUCAAACUUCUACAAACUUAUUCAAAACAUCAGCUUGUAUUAACACCCAGAAUCUAUCAAUUUAUACACGCGUAUAUUAUUGUGACUCUAUUGUUGUACACAGUUCAAUCUCUUCCGCCAUCGAGUUUAUCGAUGGUAGCAUGAAAAAAAUCCUCAACAACUUUUGUUUUUUUACUGUGUCGUAACCAAAACCACAAGCAGAUCAAAAAUUCUCCAAAAAAAUCGACGUAAUUUGCUCCCUCGUACCCUUCCAAAAUCACAACCCUUUAGCUAGCAAAGCAAAUUUUCACAUUCUCAAUCACGCUGUAUCAUUGUGGCCAUUAAGUCUCAUUAAUAGAUGCAUAAACUCUACGGAACGGAAUCAAGCCUACAUUCGAACUUUAAAAUUGGCUAAAUUGCCUUAACUAUAUACACCACUAACGUUUUUGAAGACGACCCAAAAGACAAACCAAAAAAUAAAAAGCUCACAGAUUCGGACCGAAGCCAAUCAACAAGAACUUCCGAAAAGAAAAAUCUUAUUCCGUACUAAUGCCAAUCUAUUCUAGAGAAAGAGAGAGAGAGAGAAAACCAAA